CCUGGGUCCAGUUCAUUUAGAAGCUAUAUUUGGUGAUUGGCCCAGUAGCCAUGAAUUAUUCACGAUAUAUAACUGCAGUAAGUGCAGCAAGAAAAGCCUCUCCAAUAAGACUCCUCACGGAACUGAUGCAGAGGUCUCCCCCAUCACUUAUUUCGCUGGCUGGAGGGGCACCAAAUCCCAACACCUUUCCUUUCAAAGCAGCCAGCAUUACUGUUGGAGAUGGAACAACCGUUGAAAUCGGGGAAGAGUUGAUGAAGAGAGCUCUUCAGUAUUCUGGCUCAGCAGGCAUUCCAGAGUUGUUGUUGUGGCUGAAAGAUUUACAGAAAAACCUCCAUAAUCCUCCAACGGUUGCCUACAAGCCUGAAGAAGGACAAAUGGAGAUAUGUGUCACCACUGGCAGCCAACAAGGCUUGUGUAAAGUGUUUGAGAUGCUUAUUAAUCCCGGAGACACGGUCCUUUUAGAUGUACCCAGCUACCCUGGGACACUAGCAGCUCUGAGACCGUUGGGCUGUAACAUCAUUAGCAUUCCCAGUGACCGACAUGGUAUUAUUCCAAAAGACCUGAAAGAAAUUCUUUCCAGAUGGAGCCCAGAAGGCACAAGAAAACCCAACACCAGCCUCCCCAAAUUCCUUUACACAAUUCCUAAUGGCAGCAAUCCCACUGGAACCUCGUUGACAGAAGAUCGCAAGAAAGAGAUCUAUCAGCUUGCAAGACAGUAUGAUUUUCUAAUAAUAGAAGAUGAUCCGUAUUACUUUCUUCAGUUUAGUAAGCCUUGGGCACCAACCUUUCUUUCAAUGGACACUGAUGGCCGAGUUUUGCGGACAGACUCUUUCUCUAAAAUCCUUUCAUCUGGGUUAAGAAUAGGCUUUCUAACUGGUCCCAAACCUCUCAUUGACAGAGUUAUUCUUCAUAUACAGGUUUCUACAAUGCAUACUAGCACUUUCACUCAGCUUAUGAUAUCCCAGCUGCUUCAACAGUGGGGUCAAAAAGGUUUCUUUGACCACGUAGACAGAGUCAUAGAAUUCUACAAAACACAGAGGGAUGUGAUGCUUGCUGCAGCAGACAAGUGGCUAAAAGGCCUAGCAGACUGGCACACCCCUGCUGCUGGAAUGUUUCUCUGGAUUAAAAUUAAAGGAAUUUCUGACACACAGCACCUAAUAAUGGAAAAAGCUUUGGAGAAACAAGUGCUACUAGUUCCUGGGCAAGCGUUUAACAUUGAUAGUUCUGAGCCAAAUUCAUAUGUCAGAGCUUCCUUCUCGUUAUCUUCUCCAAGCCAGAUUGAUCAGGGUUUUCAGAGAAUUGCAGAGCUCAUCAAAGAAGCACACCAAAUGGAAAACCCUUAAGAAACCAGAAUAAUCUUCAGUAGAAACUAAAACCCUUGGAGCCACCAAUUCUUUUAAGAAGUAUGCUGUGAUUAAAUGGAAGUGCAGGUCCUCAUCCUGAUGCAGUUUUGUUCAGGCUACGUAAAAUGCCUUAGAAGACUGUGUUAAGUAAUAAAUGCAGCAAGGUUCAGUUUAACUAGGCUGUCGCUGCAGUUUUAGCGCCAAUGAAUGAGAGACUAUCCUUCAAGAAAAGAGUUUAAUUAAAUUUCAGACUUCAGAGAGUUUGUAGGGGGGUUUUUUGUCUUUUUGUAUUCAUUCUGAAGAUGAGCAUGAUAAAAGUGCACGUCUUUUUAACAAUAACAUUGAUAACAUUGUUAUAUUUAUUAUGAAUUAGAGAAAAGAAAAUAAUUACAAAUACAGUAUGAUUUUUUUCCAGUUAAAUCAUGAACAUAUCCAAUCUCUCCCCAUCUCUCCAGCAAUCUGAAAUAGAAUGCCUGCUUACAAACUGUCAUCGUAGGAGUGGAUUAAGUUUGAGAGACAAAGCCCACAAAAAUCUUGAACGGGUUAAAAAAAAAAACCAGGAGCCCUCUUUGUACAUAAUGACCUAAGAAAAGCAUCAGCAACAGCAUGACAACAAUUCUGGGCCCUUAACUCUCACAAAACCUUUGACAGGAGUCCCACACUACAUGCCCUCACCUUUAAAGAUAUUUUUUGCAAGAUUGCUGUCUGAGUUCUGGCAGUAUCAUUAUGGGUUGGCAUAAAGUGGCUCUUGGAACACAGUGAGGACCUUGGGCAAAAGAAUGUUGCUGUUCUUGAACAGUUCUGUUUAUUUUCAGAAUGACAGCUAAUUGUCUCCUGAUAGCUCUUGAAUGAGAUGCCUCUCAAAGCUGAUUGCUGGCCUGUGGAUAUGUGAAGCAAUGGCAUUUUUUAAAGGAACAGGGUGACUCUUUGCCCUUCUCCUGUGCUCUAUUUGUAUAUUGGUAAAUAAAAAUACUGCAAAGACA